AUGCAGAUCAUGAACGCAGAUCAUGUCGCUCAAGGUCUUCCCCACUCCACUGACAUCCUAUUUUUGUCCUUCUGUCAUUGGAAUACUAUGCUAUAUCUCUCGUUAACUCUUACAUUGCUAGGGCUACCCUUCGCAGUCUUCACCUCCCCCACUAUCUCGCGCCGCCAAACCGCAUGCAGUAAUGACACCACACUGCCUGAAUUAUUACUCACCGCGACCGAGAUCUCUACCGGGUCAUCCCAACCCCUCGUCGUCGACUUCACUUCCGUAGAUGACACAUUCUUGCUCGUUACAACCGCCACCGCAACAGGCAUAAUCGCGAACACCAACUUCACCCUGACCGAAACCCUGCUCAUCGCCGGCGGCUUCCCGACCGCUCAAUUCGGGACAGAAGCCAUCUCCGGCCUUCCCAUCACGUUUGAGUUUCUUUCGCUCGGUGGGGGUGUGCAGCCUAGGCCCGUUGGGGAGUAUUGCUCUACGUCCGAAACUCCAGCCCUCCUGGGCAUCGACACCGACGCGACCGAUUUCUCAUUGUGCAGUAACCCGACGAGCGGGUUGGAUCUGAUUGUGUGGCAGGCUGCGGCGGGGGCGAGUUUGUACGAUUUUAGUACUUGUGUAGCUGUUGAUCUUACUAUCUCGCUGGUGGGGUGA